AUGUCAGAUUCGGGGAAGUUACACUUCUUCCUCGGUGUUAAAGCGGAGUUUAUCAAUGGUGGCAUCUUUCUAAGUCAGAAAGCAUACGCAACAUACAUCAUUCAGCGUGCAGGCAUGCGAGACUGUAAACCCAUAUCUACUCCUGUUGACUUAAACGCCAAGCUAAAGGCUGAUGAAGGUGAACGAAUACCAGACCCAACUCAAUAUCGCAAACUGGCUGGAGCUGUGCAGUAUUUGACAUUCACUCGCCCAGACAUCGCAUAUGCCAUUCAUCAAAUAUGCCUUUAUAUGCAUGAUCCCAGACUUCCUCAUUUUCAAGCUUUGAAACGUAUAAUCCGUUACUUGCAAGGCACAUCAGGAUUAGGCCUUCAGCUUCUCAAAGGACCCAUCAAUGACUUGGUUGCUUACUCUGAUGCAGACUGGGCUGGCUGUCCUGAUACUCGACGCUCCACUUCAGGAUAUUGCGUGUUCUUAGGCUCUAAUCUGGUUUCGUGGUCUUCAAAACGACCACCCACAGUCUCACGCGCAAGCGCAGAGUCUGAGUAUAAAGGUAUCGCCAAUGCAGUGGCGGAACUAACUUGGAUUCAAAAUCUUCUGUUUGAACUCGGUCAUCCUCUCACCAAAGCUUCAAUAGUCUACUGUAACAACAUCAGUUCAGUCUACAUGACUCAGAAUCCAGUAAGACAUCAACGCACAAAGCAUGUUAAGAUUGAUCUACAUUUUGUUCGUGAGAAAGUUGCUCUUGCUACCAUUGUUGUUAAUGAAACACAGCUCCUCUUAACCUUCCAAACCCUCAACCUCAUUGACAGCAGGUGGAUCUUCCUGCUUGGAGUUACCAACAAACUUCAGCUGCUCAUGGGUGGCUUUUUCAGCAAUGAGUACGUCGAUCUUGUCUUCCAAAGCUUUGAUCUCUUUCCUCGUCUGCUUAUCUUCAAGGCUCCUAAAACAAAUGUUGUAGUAUAA